AUGUCGGACGGUAGCCCGCCGCCGCCGGCAGCGCUGCCCGCGCCGAACCCGGACCCUCACGACUGGCUGCAGAACCUGGGAAUCGCCAUUGAGGUCGUGUGUCCGGCGCUGGCUCUGAUUGUCACGAUCCUCCGCGUGUACACCCGCAUCAAGAUCAAGAAUUACGGCUGGGAUGAUACGUGCAUCGUGAUUUCGAUGGUCUUGUCCAUCGCCAUGUGCGUGGGCUCCAUCAUGUGCAUGAAGAAGCUGUAUAUCGGCAUCCAUUACUGGGAAACGCCCAAGUACGCCUCGCCGGCGGAGAUGCUCCGCGCGCUGGAGCCCGGCCUGAUCUGGACGUACGCCGUGGGCGCCAUCUACAACCCGAUUCUCGCCAUUGUCAAGCAGUCGAUUCUCAUCUUCCUGCUGCGCCUGGGAGGCACCAAGCCCGGCGUCCGCACCGUCGUCUGGAUCACGGCCGUCUUCAACGCCGCCCUCAUGGUCGCCGUCUUCCUCGUCGUCAUUUUCCAGUGCAACCCGAUCAACCACAACUGGAAGCUGUACGAGCCGGGUACCUGCAUCAAGCAGACCGAGUUUGGCGUCUCGACGGCCUGCCUCACGAUUUUGACCGACCUCAUCGCGCUGGCGCUGCCCUUUUAUAUUUUCCUGGACCUCAAGAUUGCAAAGAGGACCAAGAUUGCUCUCUUGUUUGUUUUCGCUCUGGGUCUUGUUGUCACGGCGAUCAGCGUCGUCCGCCUCUACUACCUGUGGCAGCAUCUCCAGCAGGCUGCCGACCCGAAAACGUAUCCGGACGCCAACUACUCGCUCGGCUUCUGCGUCUCGGCCAUCGAGGUCAACCUGGCCAUCAUCACGGCCUCCGGGCCGGCCCUGUGGCCGCUCGUGCGCGGCUGGACCCCGCGCAUCUUCAGCAAGCUGGGCAUCACCAACGGCUACCAGCAGAACAACUACGACGUCGAGUGGACGCCCAACGGCACGAACCGCCGGCGCACCAUGGGCGGGGCGCCCGGCGGCGGCACCAACGGCACCAGCGGCGGCGGCGCGGGCAUCAUCCUGAGCCACAGCUCCAAGCACGAGGGCAUCGGGCUCAAGGACAUCCGGGGCGACCGGGUCAAGGGCCGCGUCGAGAUCCGGUCCGAGCCGCACGACUCGGACGAGGAGGUCCUGACGGCGGGCGGCAUCAUGCGCAGCACCGAGUACACGGUGACGAGGGACGACGACUCGAGGCGCGACGCCCACGGGCGGAGGUUACCCGACAGCGCGUACGCCGACAGCGCGAAGCGGUCGAGCACGGGCGACUCGUACUAG